ACUACAACACACUACUUUUACAAAUAUUUUUCAUCUUACCUCGUCAACAUAUUCACAAUGGUUGCCCGUGAAGACAUCCCUACCAACGUUCCUGACCUUGUCGUUGCAGAUCUCAACGGUGAAGAUGAGGUUUCCGAGCAAGCAACUGGCUCUGUGAAUGCAGUGUACUUUGUCAACUGGGGGAUCUACGGCCGAAACUACCAGCCCAUGAACCUGCCCGCUUCCCAGCUCACUCACGUGCUUUAUGCAUUCCUGAAUGUGAGAGCCGACGGAACAGUUUAUACCGGCGACUCGUACGCUGACCUCGAGAAACACUACACUGGUGACUCCUGGGAGGAGCCCGGUACCAAUGCAUACGGAUGCGUCAAGCAACUCUUCCUCCUCAAGAAGGCCAACCGCAAACUGAAAGUCAUGCUCUCCAUUGGUGGCUGGACAUGGUCAACCAACUUCCCAGCAGCUGCCAGUACCGCCGCCACCAGAGCCACUUUCGCCCAGAGCUCCGUUGCUCUUAUGAAGGACUGGGGCUUUGACGGUAUCGAUGUCGACUGGGAGUAUCCUGCCAACGACACUGACGCCAACAACAUGGUUCUUCUCCUCCAGGCUGUGCGCAAGGAGCUAGACACUUACUCAAAGCAAUACGCGUCUGGAUACCACUUCCAGUUGUCUAUCGCUGCACCUGCUGGCCCGGAGAACUAUGGAAAGCUCAAGAUGAAGGAGCUCGGCUCCGUUCUUGAUCACAUUAAUCUCAUGGCAUACGAUUAUGCGGGUGCUUGGAGCGCCUUCUCUGGUCAUCAAGCUAACAAAUAUGCCAAUGCCAAGAUCCCCAACGCAACACCUUUCAACACUGACCAAGCUGUCAGUGCUUAUGUUGGUGGCGGUGUACCUUCUGGAAAGAUGGUUCUCGGCAUGCCCAUCUACGGUCGCGCAUUCCAGAACACUGGAGGUCUUGGACAAGGUUAUUCUGGCGUCGGAUCCGGCAGCUGGGAGAACGGCAUUUGGGACUACAAGGUCCUUCCUAAGCCUGGAGCCAGCCUCGUUUACGACCGCGAUGCCCAAGCUUCCUACAGCUACGAUGCUAAUACCAAGGAGCUCAUCUCAUUCGACACGCCCGGUAUGGUCGAGAACAAGGUUCUUUAUGUGAAGAACAAGUCUCUCGGAGGAAGCAUGUUUUGGGAAGCGUCUGCUGAUAAGACUGGGGCUGAUUCUCUCCUCGGUACCAGCGCUAAGAAGCUUGGUUCUCUGGACAGCACCACCAACUGUCUCACAUACCCCAACUCCCGAUAUGCCAACAUCGCCAAGGGACUCAACUAGGGAGAC